GCUGACAGACUGUGUGGCUGAAGCAGCGCUGAGCGGAGAUGGUUUCGCUGAGAGGAGCAGGGACUGCCUUCAUUUAGGAUUACUACACCAGCAUCACCUGGUUUACCAUGACUUUCGGCUCAUUAUGUGAGUCUGUUCUGGCGCAGGAGGCAGCUAAAACAAUGCGAUAGUCCUUCAGAGAAAAACAUCUGAAAACAGUUAGCCUAGAGGAGUCCGGAGACUGUGUUACUGCUGCGUUACUGCUUACCAAUCUGCAGUUGGCGGUACUUUAGUCUGUGACCAGACUGACCAGAAAUACAGGAGAUAUUUACCAGCACCGGCAUUCUGGCUCAGCUUUUGUAAGUUUUCCAGCCCCAUUUGCAGAGAUGCAGACGUUUGGGAGAGGAAAAAGAGUGGGAUUCUGGCUCAGCGAGAAGAAAAUCAAAAAGCUGAAUUUCCACACCUUCGUGGACAUGUGCAGGAAGAGAGGCAUUGAGAUGGUGCAGCUGGACCUCAGCCAACCACUGGAACAGCAGGGCCCCCUGGACGCCAUCAUCCACAAGCUGACUGACCACAUUGUGGAAGCAGACCAGAAUGUCACAGAGGCCAUACGGCUUGUGCAGAGUGUCCAGGAAUACAUUGAUGCCCAUCCGGAAACUGUGAUUUUAGACCCACUUCCUGCCAUUCGUACACUGCUUGACCGUUUCAAGUCUUAUAAGCUAAUCCACAAAUUGGAGGAGAGCAUGAAGGAUGACCGGAUUUGCUCUCCUUCAUUCAUGGGGCUCAGCAGUGAGUGUGGCCUGGACCUGCUGGAUCAGCUCCAUAAGAAUGGCAUCACCUUCCCCUUCAUCUGUAAAACCCAGGUAGCACAUGGCACUAACUCUCAUGAGAUGGCCAUCAUCUUCAGUGAGGAGGACCUAAAGGACAUCAGGCCUCCGUGUGUCCUCCAGAGUUUCAUCAACCACAAUGCUGUGCUUUACAAGGUCUUUGUAGUGGGAGAGGCCUACAGUGUGGUAGAGCGGCCCUCCAUUAAGAACUUCCCCUCUGGACCCACAGACCAAAGAGCCAUAUCCUUCAACAGCCAUCAUGUGUCCAAGCCUGAGUCUUCAUCAGACUUGACCUCUAGAGACAACUUGGAGGGACAGUGCAGGACGCCAAAUGAUGACGUCAUUCAGAAGAUUUCCAGGAGUUUGAGACAGACACUUGGUGUGUCUCUGUUUGGGAUCGAUAUCAUCAUCAACAACCAAACAGGCCAGCAUGCUGUAAUUGAUAUCAAUGCAUUUCCAGGUUACGAGGGAGUUCCAGAAUUCUUCGAUAACCUGCUGACUCACCUCACCAGUGUCCUGCAAGGCCCUGUACCUGCCGGACCCCUGAGAGCGAAUGGAGUGUCCCAGAGCUUGCCUGCAGUCUGUGGAGUGCCCUGUGGCAUGCUGGCAAAUGAGGUAGGCUGCUGGGUGAUAGACAGCGAGGGGAUGAAGAAAGGCUCCCACCAGGGUCUGAGCUGCUGCAAUGCUGACCUAACCAAGAACUACCAGCAACACUGCAGGGCCACGCUAGCGGCUGAGGCUUCUUCACAGUGACCCUAUGCUCCGCUCCAGUAAAUUAGCCUAUUUAAUCACUCCUAACGAAUCAAUCACACCCUUCUCCAAGCUGAGCGGGUCUUGUGCCAAUAUAUGAUCAGUAAUGCAUAGAUAAUGACCAAAGAUGUACUGAUUUUUUUCAUUGUUGUUGUUCUAAGUUUGAAAAGGUGCAAUCAGCAUCUUAGGUAUCGAUGUGAUUUAGUUUGGUCUGUUUUAAUGCAUUUUGCACUGGACGUUCUGUAUGAUAAAGUGCCUUAGGGAUGAGUGGUAAAGCAUUUCUACACUGGUGAUUAUGAGGAAAGUAAGGGGACGUGUAAUGUACCGCUAAGUAACCACAUGACAAAACUACAUGAUCCUGCUGGUGGCAGGUGAAAUAUAACGGCACAAGGAGCACUCAGACUUUUGCUCUUUUUUCUUUCUUGCAAAAUGAAAAGAGCAUUUUAGGUGUUUAUGAAUUUUGAGGCUGUUUAUUGCCUACAACUCCCAGCAUUCCUGCACCUGCACAGCAAUAAACAGCCAUGCAAAGUGAGACACAACACAGAAUGUGUAGGCGAUGGAGUAUAUUUUGAUGUCAAACAUUUGCUCUAUACUGUGCAUGAGGACUUACACAUUGUGAAAGGAGCAACAGUUGGGUGCUUGAUAUGAGGUAAAACUCUCAAGACUACCUUAGCAGUGGUUCUCAAACUGGACCUCAGGGACUGUCGGUUUGAGAACCACUGCAUAAAUUAAUACUUCAGCAUUUUUCCACCUCAUCUCUGUCUGCUAUGUUUAUUCGAUAGUCAGUUACCAUAGACUUCUGAAGUUGUGUAUCAUUUUGUAGAUGGCAUCAUGCCCAUAUUAGAAAGUCUGGGUCUAAGUGAACUUCGCUAAGGGAAAAAUCAAUCAUGUUUUUGAAAAUUGACACUAUCACAGACAAAAAAGUUCCAAACCAGAUAAUACGUUUAAUACAUUUUGUCCUAGAUGCAUUUUUCCCCAGAAUCUACCUGGAUCAGGUCAGUCCCUGGUCAGUCGUAUGCAAAAGCACCCCUGAUCAAAUGACAUGUUUUUUGUUUUGUUUUAUGCACAAUUACUGUUUAUUCGCUGAAUUUAAUAUAUUUGGAAAAAAA